ACCCGAUCUUUAUGAGAUCUGUUUCAGCAGUUGGGGUUUAGUGGUUCGAUGAGAUUGAUGGCGAGGUGAGGAGGCAGAGGCAAGCUGUUGUUUUCAGCUUUGUAAGCUGUAGCCAUGGUGAUCUUCCUCCCAUCUGUUGUUGAGCUCGUUGUCGUUGCUACUUUCGGGUGUAUAGAGGUCCAAUAACAUGCAAGAAUAAUACCAAUAGAGCGGAGACGACGGGGGAAGGAAGUAAUGGAGGCGGAGCGGAUCGGGAGGAGGAAGUGGAGGAGCCUCAAGAAGCGGCUGGCGCUGAUGGGCUGCUGCGUCAGCUCUUGGGGCUUCCGUGCCUCCAAUCCCACCAUCAUCACAGAUGAAAUUUACCCAGAAGGGCCGGAGGAGGAGGUGGUGGUGGGGAUGGGGGGCGCAAAUUCGGCCGAGGAGAUGAAUCUGGCUGCGGCGCUGGCGGCUGAGCGGAAUUACCGGGCGGCUUCUGUGGCGGAUGUGGGUAGAGUGGAGGGGAAGAGGACGGAGGCGCCGAUGCCGGUGUCGCUGAUGAGGUUGUUGGAGGAAGGAGAGGAGAACGGGGAAGGGGAAGGAGGCGGCGGAGGAGAAGCGUGGUGUUGCUGCUGCGUGUGCAUGGGCGGGCGGAAGGGGGCGGCGUUCAUCCCGUGCGGGCACACCUUCUGCCGCGUGUGCGCACGAGAGCUGCGGGCGGACCGUGGCACCUGCCCCCUCUGCAACCGUCCGAUCCUCGACAUCCUCGAUAUUUUCUAAAUCAACGGCUUUCGCGCCUCGUGCUGCACCCUCGAGAUUCCCGUUUCUGAUGGAAGGGACGAUUCCGGAGGAAACGCUUCGUAUCUUUUGUUGUACGCGCUUAUGACUUCUGUUUUGCCUCGUGUUUGUUACUUGGUUUCGGUUUUGUUUCUUCGCUAAUAUCGGGUUCGUAGUUGA